ACCGGCUGUUUGACUCGGAAACAGGCGCACAGCGUGUGAAGGAGAAAUGACCGACAGUGACCUCGAAUAAGAUGUUGAAGACCUACCCAUUGUCUUCAUCUCAUCACAACCCAUCAGCGUUUAUGUAGAAGUCGUAAAACAACGUUUGUAAAUUUUAGAAGCGCCUUCGAGACGUCGAGAGGAAAACGGAGUCGUUAUACGCAUUUAGUCUGUCUUCCGAGCGUUCACAAUUACUGCGUAAAUGAUGGAAAAUGCUGAAACAUCCGAUGACAACGGAACGACGAAUUAUACUAAUGGUUUAGUGAACGGAUUUCACAGUCCACCGUCCAGUAAAGGGGACUGUAUUUCUUGCGGUUCUAACGGAGGUGGUCUGGGUGGUACUGAGAGUGGCUGUAACAGUAGCGGUGGCCAUUAUGGUAUUGAAAAAUCCCACCAUCUUCAUCAGGAUCAUGUACACAACAGUGGUUCAACCGCGAAGCGCUGCAGACUCAGAAGACGCGUGGAUUCGGGAAAGAAGAACAGACCGCCUUUUCCAUGGUUUGGGAUGGAUAUUGGAGGAACUCUAGUAAAGCUGGUUUACUUUGAACCAAAAGACAUCACAGCUGAAGAAGAACAGGAGGAAGUCGAGAGCCUGAAGAGCAUUCGUCGCUACCUGACCUCCAAUGUGGCCUAUGGAAACACAGGUAUCCGUGAUGUGCACUUGGAGUUGAAGAACCUCACCAUGUGCGGCCGCAAAGGCAACCUGCACUUCAUCCGCUUCCCAACACAAGACAUGCACCGCUUCAUCCAAAUGGGCAGAGACAAGAACUUCUCCAGCCUGCACACCACACUGUGUGCCACGGGUGGAGGCGCAUACAAAUUUGAGGAAGACUUCAGAACAGUGGCUGGUCUGGAGCUGCAGAAGCUGGAUGAACUGGACUGUCUUAUUCAAGGUCUGCUGUACGUUGACUCCAUCGGGUUCAAUGGGCAUCCUAAUUGUUAUUUUUUCCAAAACCCUUCUGACCCUGAAAACUGUGUCAAGAGGCCAUGUAGCCUGGAGAACCCCUUCCCCAUGUUGCUGGUAAACAUUGGCUCUGGAGUUAGCAUCUUGGCUGUCUAUUCCAAGGACGAUUACAAGCGGGUCACUGGCACCAGUCUAGGAGGUGGUACAUUUCUAGGCCUGUGCUGCUUGCUGACUGGUUGUGAGACAUUUGAGGAGGCCUUAGAGAUGGCAGCUAAAGGAGACAGCACAAACGUGGACAAACUAGUGAAGGACAUUUAUGGUGGCGAUUAUGAGCGCUUUGGUCUCCAAGGAUCUGCCGUUGCAUCCAGUUUUUGUCAUAUGAUGAGCAAGGAGAAACGUGACAGUAUAAGUAAAGAGGACCUGGCCAGGGCCACUCUUGUCACCAUCACAAACAACAUUGGCUCCAUUGCUCGCAUGUGUGCAGUGAAUGAGAAAAUUGAUAGAGUGGUUUUUGUUGGGAAUUUCCUUCGAAUCAACACUGUAUCAACUAAGCUGCUUGCCUAUGCCAUGGACUUCUGGUCUGAUGGACAACUAAAAGCCAUUUUCUUAGAACAUGAAGGUUAUUUUGGAGCUGUUGGUGCCUUCCUUGAGCUACUAAAGAUGACUGAAGACUUCUAAGACACUGAAGAUAUCCCAACCUUCAAACCAGAAGCUGUUGUAAGAUUUCAGGAAAGCCACAUCCCCUAAUAAGGAAAAGCCAUUAAUAAUGUGACCGAGUUUCCAUUUCCCUUCAAAUAAUUAACACCUUCACCCUUCUAUUGCUGAUCCUUGUCCAUGCUCAUGACUAAGAGGAGGUGGCACAGAAACGGAGCACAGUUUUCAGUGUGUGAUGAGCUGCACCCCAUACUAACUGUGCCUCGCCACCACUGUUAUAAAUCCAGCAUAGUGUCUCCUUUGCCAAGACCUGUGUAUUGAUGAUUUGAGGGGAAGAUAAUUGAGAAUACUAAUUAAUAUGUCUGUGUCCUUCCUGACUCCCUAUUUGUUAGCUUUAUGCAAAUAAUCUUAAUGGUAUAGAGGUUAGUUUUAUGUCUAUUUGUGAUACAGUCUGCUAUAUAAAGAUGAAAAUGCAUGUAUUGCUACAAACUUCCCUUCUAAACAAAUUAGGUUGACCUUUUUAAAGGUUUUUGAGCUGCGCAUUGUGUGAUCAGAUUAAGAUCACAUAUAUAACGAGCCAUUUAUGAAGUACUUUGCUCACCCUCUUCUAUUCACAGAGAAGUGUUAAUUAUGUCUGUGUUGCAAGUGUUGUUAUUAUUAAGCAUACAAUAAUUUUGGACUCUCAGGUGUAAGUCUGAAUUAAUCAGAAAUCCUUUUCAAAUGAAAAAUAAUUUUUUCAAAAAGGUUUCCUAGAACACUCCCCUUUGAUAUUGGUCGAACAAACAAAUGUUUGGAUGGCGCAACAGAGCUACAGUGUUUACACUAUUCGGGGUAUCAACCUAUGAAUGGCUUGCUUGUCUAUGCGCGUUCAGCUGCGAUAGGACAAAGUAUUUUAACAUACAAUUACAAAAAUCACUCGCAUUAGCUUUAAGUCGUUUUUCAUUAAAACUAAAUUAAUUUUAAAAUGUUCAGAACUGGAAAUGACAGGAAGACCUAUUUUAUCUUUGCUAGACCUUGUUUGAUUAGUUGAUUGUUGAUGACAAGAGUAGCUGUAGUUUCUAAUAUAUCUUUACCUCUUGACUGGUGUGUCUAAUGAACAGAGAACAUAUGCACCUGAGCUGACACUGAUUGUGUUGGGACCAAACUGUCAAUGUUGACUAGAGAACAAUAUAUAUGUUCAUCUGAUUGAGAAUUCUCAUAGUUCACUACAUAAGGUUCUUCUCUGUGAUUUUUGGGUUUAAUAAUCCCUAAUGCUGAGAUUUCUCAGAUCUGAAUGUGUUACCAAUUCCCCUUACCCUUUGUACUGUAUAUACACUGUAGUAGUUUUGUUUUUGAACAUUUGCACAAACAGUAAUUUAAUCAUAUUCAUGAUCUCAAGUUUCAUGCGAGACCGCUAAAGAGUCUUUCGAAUGCCUUCAUCCUUCAAAUAUUUUCAGUUUAUACAUGGCAUUGUCUAUAACUGAAAAUAUUUUGCCUUAUCAUAUUUUUGCCACCUAUCAACAUGAAAGAACCACUUUAUGCUUAAAUUUUUUUUUGUAACUCUUCCUUUUAACACUGGACAGAUAUGGGGUUAAAAUGUACCUCAGUGACAUUAAGUUGGGACUGACUGAUAGCUCCAUAUUCUUGUUCAGAACUAGACCUGUGCGAAACAAGCCUUCCUGCAAUUGGAAUUAGGAAUUCUAAAAAAAAGCUACUCCAGUCAAAAUAAUCUUUCUAAAUAUGUCAGAAAACAAAAGCACUUCCAAGAAAUAAAGGUAUUGCUUUUGUAGACCCUUUAAGCCAUGUCAGCAAUUACAUAUAUCAUCAUUUGGCUCCAAUACUAUGAAUUCAAAAGAUGUUAAAUCCUUUAUUUUUAACAGCACUGAGACAGUACGCAGUUCUUCAGUUUGCAAGCUUCAUUGCACUUAGAUUUUGCAGUGUUAUUUUGUGAUCAUUAGGAAUGAAAGCAAGACCAAGACUCUUAACUGAAGUAAUAUUUCCAAUAGAGGUUGAUCGAUAGUGGAUUUUGCAGAUACCGAUAACGAAGGUGGUGGGAAAGGCCGAUAAUCAGUUAAUUGGCCGAUAGUUUUUAAAAUAGAGUUAUAGAAUGUCAAAUCUUAUUCUUUUCUUUCUAUGGUGGGCACAAAAAAAAGUGUCUAAUAGGAAUACAAUUCCAGAUGCGGUUUAUUGUUCAACCAAAAUAAUAACCAGAAAAAAUUAAGAUUUGAUGCAUAACAUGGGACUUUUAUAUAUAAACAAGCCCAAAACACUCCGGGGACAUUAUUUUGAAAAUACGAAAUUAUGAAAAAAAACGUUUUGCAGAUAACCGAUAGUUCCAAAAAGCAACAAUCUUAAUCUGGCUUAAUCGGUAAAACCGAUAUAUCGGUCUACCUCUUAUUUCUAUGUAGAAAACUAUCAGAAUGCAAUUUUAAUCUGAGAAUUUACUUAUUUCGUGUUGGAAGUAUUAGCAGUGAUACUGUAAUGUGUGUACUGAACUAAGUAUUCACCAGCUACCGUAACUCAACAAUAGACCUGUGCUGACAGUAAAGUGUCUUCUAGAUGUUAUUAAAGGGUUAGUUUAUUCAAAAAGGAAAAUCUCGUUUGACUACCUUGGAAUACAAAAGAUAGAGGCAGAAUUUUAAUCUCAAUGGUGAUUGGGGCCAACAGCCGGCCUAACAUCUCCUUUUGCUAUCCACAACAGAAAUAGUCAUAUGUGUUUGGAACAACUUUAGGGGGAGUAAAUGAUGACAGAAUUAAAAUUUUUGGUUGAACUAUCCCUUUAACAUCUGCAACAGCAAAUUGCACACAAUGCCUCUUUAUGUCUUGAUGCCACUUACUGGAUACAAAAAUUGUACAUGCACUUGAUGCUGUUUGCCUCUUCCAUCUCCUUGAUUUAUGCAUUACUUCCUCUGCUAAAUCCUUAGAAUUGCCUUAUGCAGCGGAGUGCCAUUUUGACUUUGGUUGUCUGGAUUAUGCAAAAUGGCACCCCAACAACUCUCUGAGCCACAAAGGUACCUUCCAAGUGUAAUGGGGUGCCUUUAACUGAUAGAGACAAGGCUUUAUCUCUGUGUCCUCUUUGUUGAUGCUAAUGCUACAUCCAGAUGCCACUGUAUCCAUUAAUCAAAACUGUGUAUUUGAGGAGUGUUUUGUUUGUGUUGCUUUUUCUUAUUAGACAUGCAACAUCAGACUGAAUGCAUGUGUCGGUACAUUGUAUUUUAACUGAGCCAAUGCAAAGCAUGCAAGCGACUGGAAAAAGUGUGUCUUUUCCUUUGGCCCUUAGAUGGUUCACUCCAUCUAAUGUAGUCCAAAUGCCUUUUGUUUCAGGUUCUGUUCAUGUAAACCAGUGUAAUGCCUGGAUGCUAAUUGUCAAAUUGUGCGAAACCUGUUAGAACCUGUCUUUGGGUCUUCUUUCAUACAAACAUUGUAUUCUAUUCUAUUUGACAGCCAUUUUUCAGAAAGCAUGCUCUAAACUAUUAAUGCUAAAUCAUCAUUACAAUUUAACUGUCUGUUUUUUCAAGAGCUAAAUUGUAUGUUUCUAAAUCAGUUAAUUAUAUGUGAAAUUCCAUGCUAAUAAUCCACAUUAAUGACCUCAGUCUUCUGACAAAUAUGUCUCAUGGAUGUGAUCUGAAAGAGUAUGUAUAAUUCCUUAAUGAAAAGUCCAUUGUUUUUAGUUCAGUUCAUUCAACAGUAUCAAAAUGCAGUUAAGUGUAUUUCUUAUAAUAUAACAUUUGCCGUUGAUCGCAGAGGGGCCCCUGAUUUAUUUAUGCCUCCUAAUAAACAGUUUGCAUUACUGGCUCUGAAAUUCAUGUCACAAGAUUUUUUUUGUCUCAGUUUUUAGUGAACUUCAUUUGUCAAUAGACUAAUUUGUAAAUACCUAAUAAAUGUGUUAAUUAAUGAAGCUAGUUUAUUGUUGGGUGUUUCUUCUCUCGAAAAAAACGUUUACACUCUCACUAGUAUUUUUUCUUUUCUACAGUGUCCAACAGUGUAUGUGCAUGCCCAUAAAAGUAUUCUGCUUGAUUUUAUUUUUUUGUUUUUAUCAAACAUCACUUUUCCCAUAUUUCUUCUCAAUUAUGCUCUCAUGCUCUGAC